UCCAUGACAUACUCUACUCCAGACCUUGAUGCCGUCAAUAUUUCAAUCCUCAAGAUGUGAAAGGCUCAUAUUCAUUCUUCUUCUGCCAUUGGACAGGCAUGUGUACAUACAAUAAACUGACUCUUCCAUGGCCACAUAUCGAAUUGGUAUUUAGGAUAUCGCAUAUCUGGGGCAUGAAGCGGUGGGAAGUCACUCUAUACACUUCCCAUGGCGCCGUUUGUGCUGGAUGACAGCCUCAGCCACCAGAGGAAUCUGUUAUUAUCGUUAUUUCCACCCGGAAAGCUGAUGCGUCAAGUGGCUUGGCAUGAAAUCAUCACAGGAGAGUGAACACAUUCAAUCCAGCAGCACGAAUGAGUACACAGAUACCUUAUCCAUGGAAUGGAUUUCCACAGCCAGCGUGUUCUCACCAUGGGCUACAAAGGACGAAAUCUGACGGGAUAUGUCGGAAUGAACGGUCGCCGUUAGCGGGGCUUCGCUAUGAACUGAAGAGCUACGAUGACCAUACGAAGCGUUUCGCAUCGAUAAAUCUCUCAAGUUCAAGUAUUCAAAAUUUCGUGAGAUUUCGAGGCCUAUUGUGUUUCCAUGAUCCCGAUACGUUAGGUAUCGGCACCAUCAAGGAUCUAGGCUUUUGGGGGCGCAAUUACUAGAGUGGCUUCGAUUUAUGAUUAAGAACCCUAUCAAUUCUUGACGCGCAAUAGUUAUCCGAAUCCUUGGUCGUCCUUGGCGUUCAUUCCACCAUUGAAGAACAAGGAGGGGCGAAAAAUAACAUUCUCAGCAUAUUUACUCCAU